AGAAGACUUUCUCUUCUUCUUUCCUUGAAUUUGCCCCCAAACCAAAACGCAUUAUUCUGUGUUCUUCUGAUCAUAGUUUCAAUCUGUUGUUGAAUAUUUCCUAGUAAUUUGACUUUUGAAAUCUGGGUUUUCUUGGAAAUCCCUUUUCUUGUGUGAAAGAUUGAAUCUUUGAGUACUUUGAAGCCAAUUUCUACACUGGGUGGGAUUUUUUUUAUUAAAACAGGACAAACAAACACAGAAUUGUUGGUGGUCGUACGAUGAUGGAUGGAAGUCAGGGCGGCGGCGGCGGUUGUUCCGCACCUGCACCAUUUCUGAUGAAAACAUAUGAAUUGGUUGAGGAUCCAUCGUCCAACCAUAUUGUUUCAUGGGAUCCAAGUGGGCAUAGUUUCGUGGUUUGGGAUCCACCUAAGUUUUGUGCUGAUAUGCUUCCCAAAUACUUCAAGCACAACAAUUUUUCCAGCUUCAUCAGACAGCUCAAUACAUAUGGGUUCAGAAAGACUGAUCCAGAGCGGUGGGAAUUUGCAAAUGAAGAGUUUAUAAGAGGACAAACACAUCUCUUGAAGAACAUCCACCGGCGGAAACCGAUCCACAGCCACUCUGUUUCUCCGGUGACUGAUUCGGAAAGGCGGGGAUAUGAAGAAGAGAUUGAGAAACUGAGAAAUGAAAAUGCCUCUCUUCAAUCACAAGUAGAAAAGCAUGAAAAAGACAACCUCGAACACAAAUUCGAAUUUUGUUCCUUAGAGAAUCGGCUCAAGAACAUUGACAGAAGGCAGAGUCAACUCGUGGAACUCGUGGGUCAACUCGCUCAAAACCCCACAUUUGCAUCUUCUCUGCUUCACCACUUGGAUGAUCAUAACAAGAGGAGGAAAUUACUAUCACUUCGCUUUCCCAGUACUACUACCACCACCUCCUCCAUUUCUUCUGAUGAAGACCAAAACCAUAGUUUCUUGAGUUCCCAGAAUGAUUUGGUUGCAGACUUGGAUUCCUCCAUAGAUUUUUGUGAGAAUCUCAUACAUGGAAUCAUCUGUGAUGGCAAUUCAAGUCAAGAUGGUUGUGGGACUCAUUCCCAGACAUCAUCACCUUCAAGUUUUGUCAUCAAUGUAGAAACAGAACAGCAGCCCAAGAAGAGUUCAAGGAUUGACAUGAACACAAGCCCAGCUGAAAGUAAUAGUAAUCGUGAAGUUGAUGGUAGCUCUUCAGCAUCUGUAGUGGCUAAUGGUGGGAAUGAUGUGUUCUGGCAGCAGUUCCUAACAGAGGCGCCCGGCCCCGGGGAAAGGUUUGAUCGGCCGGAGGUCGAAUCUGAAAAGAGGGAAGGUGGUGGUGGGGAGUAUACUCAUUUGAAAAUUUGAUUAUGUAGCUAGUACUGUAAAAUAUACGGGAGACCACGUUUCUCACGUCAAAUUUAUAUCACAAAUUAUGCUUUUGAGUAGAAAAUCUUUAAUAUGGAUAAAUUUAUUAGAUAUAAGACGAGAAAUUGAAAACAAGUGAAUUAUAUACUCUCUGUUCUUAUAUAAAAAUCAUCAUUCA